UUGUGUUUAGGGAGUGCUAUUUUGCAAAGAAUGAGGAGUAUUAGGGUUUCGAUUAGGUAGCCCGCCCUCUACGCCACGAAUAUUUAUUAUAUAAACGCUACCUGACUACCACACGCACAUACUCACGCAUUCAUAAUAAUCUGAUUCGUGAUCGAUCAAUGGCGGAGGAGAGGAGAUCGAGAGGGACGGUGGUGACUUUCAGUGAUCAGAAGGGGUACGGCUUCAUCAAGCCGGAGGAUGGCGGCGAGCAGCUGUUUGUGCAUCAGACGGCGAUAAAGACUGAAGGGUUUCGGACGCUGAACGAAGGUCAGGAGGUGGAGUUCGUGGUCAUUGAGAAGGGAGGGAGGUAUCAGGCGACUGAUGUCACUGGACCGGACGGUGCGCCGAUCGAGAGCGCACGCGGUGGUGGUAGGGGAUAUAGCCGCGGCGGCGGUGGCGGUGGUUACGGAUUCGGUGGUGGCGGUGGAGGCGACGGGUACAAACGGAGGAACGGGGAUGGGUAUCGUGGCGGUGGUGGAGGAGGGGAGUGUUUUACCUGUGGGAGGACUGGACAUUUGGCUAGGGAUUGUGAUCGGGCUGGUGGUGGAGGCGGAGGCGGCGGCGGUGGUGGUGGACAGUGCUACACCUGCGGCGGGUACGGUCAUAUGGCAAGGGAUUGCCCAAGUGGUGGCCGCGGUGGCGGCGGCGGCGGUGGAGGAAGUUGUUUCAACUGUGGCCAGCCGGGGCACUUGGCUAGGGACUGUAAUGGCGGCGGCGGCGGCGGCAGUUACGGCAGUUUUGGAGGCGGCGGAUCUAGAAAGUGCUAUGAAUGUGGGCAGCCGGGCCACUUUGCCAGGGAAUGCAACCAAAACAGUACCCAUACAUAAUCAUAUGUUCUUGGAUAAUGCUUCCCCCAUUCUUUUGAACAUGAUUUCCUCUCUAUUGUCUUUAGUUUUGCCAUUGAAAACAUUUUGAAGGCCAUCUUAUACAUGGGAUUUUUGUCUUUUUGGAAUCAUUGCUAUGGAGUAUAUGUUUGAUUUUGUAUUGCAAAGGGAAUUCUCUCUGGUGAUCUAAUUGCAAAUAUAUACAAAUGGUUGUUGGCAUA